AUGGCAACCCCAUCACUCGGGGACAUGUCGCCCGCAGACGCAGAGUCCGUCUACUUUAAUGAGUACCCGCCACCCAAGGCCCUCCCCAAGCACGAAGCGCUCGCUCGCGCCUUCAUUGAUCGCCAUGUCGAGGCCAACCGACGCGUGGUACUGGUCACCUCGGGAGGGACCACAGUGCCGCUGGAGGCGCAGACGGUGCGGUUUAUUGACAACUUCUCUGCCGGAACCCGCGGCGCUACCUCGGCCGAGUACUUUCUGCAGGAGGGGUACGCGGUGAUCUUCCUGCAUCGCCAGUACAGUCUCCUGCCUUAUUCACGGCACUACAGCCAUUCGACCAACUGCUUCCUGGAUUUCAUGGACGAGGCGCCGGCGUCGGACUCGACCCAGUCAGACCAUGGCCCUAUUGUCGUGCGCGACGAGUACCAACAUCAGAUGCGCGAUGUGCUUCGCAAGUACCGCUAUGCCAAGCAAAACAACCUGCUGCUGCUCCUGCCCUUCACCACAGUCUCCGAGUACAUGUUCGAGCUGCGGUCCUUGGCAAAACUAAUGCGGCCACUGGGCCCCAACGCACUGUUCUAUUUGGCCGCUGCCGUCAGCGACUUUUUCAUUCCGCGCAGCCGCAUGGCCGAGCACAAGAUCCAGUCCUCGGAGCUACCGGCGCACCUGGACAAGGACAGCGCCGUCGAGCCUGACGACAUCUACACGGGCGAGAACGAAGAGCAGCCGUCGCAGCGCAAGAAGCUGGUCAUCAACCUCGACCCCGUGCCCAAGUUCCUGCACCGGCUCGUCGACGGCUGGGCCCCCGACGGGAGUAUGGUGGUGUCUUUCAAGCUGGAAACCGACCCCUCGCUGCUCGUGUACAAGGCGCGCACCGCACUGCAACGAUACUCACACCACCUGGUCAUCGGUAACCUGCUCUCGACCCGGAAAUGGGAGGUGGUCUUUAUCACGCCGGAUCCACCGCACGAGCGCUGGCUCCGCGUGCCCAAGGCGCGGCGCAGCAAGAGUAUUUCCGGUGUGGAGGACCAGGUUGGCCUGGCUGAGGCUAAGAAGAAGUCAGACGGUUCUGCGCCUACUCCUGAGAAGACCGAGGAGAAGGCACAGGCUGCCACCAGACAGGAGGGCAGCAGCGAUGGUAUUGAGAUCGAGACGUUGAUUAUCCCGGAGCUUGUUAAGCUACACUCGACGAUGAUCGAGAAGAAAACGCACAAGCCUACAUCGUGA